AUGGCUGAGCCACAACGCCAAAAUACAAUCUCGUCGGAAGAUUGGCAAGGCGAGCCGCUUAGCUCUAGAGCCUCAACCAAUAAUGACUUUUCGACGGUUCGAGAAAAGGGACUCAGUACUGGAGUCCGAGUGAAACAAGAUGGAAGGUUGGAUAUCAAUUUUCGAGAGCACAAACCCUGGCUUGCUACCCUUAUGAACCAUGUGGAGCAACCUACGGAGCCGGUCGCAGAACAGCAGGAUGAAUUAAACAUCGUUCCCAAAGAAGAGACCAAGUUUCCUUUGAAACUGAACAUUGUGUUACAGGUUGUUGGAUCCCGCGGUGACGUUCAGCCAUUCGUCGCUUUGGGCAAGGAGCUUCAGAAACAUGGACAUCGAGUUCGACUAGCCACACACAUGUCUUUCCGCAAGGAUGUGAACGGUGCGGGACUCGAAUUUUUCAACAUUGGUGGUAAUCCGGAAGAGCUGAUGGCCUUCAUGGUCAAGAACCCUGGUUUGUUGCCAGGCAUGCGCACCAUUCGCAGCGGCGAGAUUCAAAAGCGCCGACAGGAAAUGAAAGCCAUUUUUUCUGGAUGCUGGCGCUCUUGCUAUGAGACUGGAGAUGGGACGGGGAUGCACCAUAUCUCCGAACAUACGCAGGGCGGUGCUGUCGACCAUUAUACACGGCCAUUUGUGGCAGAUGUCAUUAUCGCGAAUCCCCCGGGAUUUGUGCAUUUUAGCUGUGCCGAAAAGCUGGGGGUUCCCUUGAACAUGAUGUUUACGAUGCCGUGGUCCCCGACGCAAUCUUUUCCACACCCGCUGGCCAAUGUCCGCUCACAGAAAACCAAGCCAUCAGUGGCGAACUUUGCUUCAUAUGGGAUAGUGGAGGUAAUGAUGUGGGAAGGACUCGGGGACCUCAUUAACCAUUUCCGCAAGAAGGACUUGGGCUUGGAGCCAUUGGAUGCCAUCCGGGCACCCAGCAUGAUCCAUCGACUGCAAAUCCCAUAUACGUACCUCUGGUCACCAUCUCUUCUUCCAAAACCUCGGGACUGGUCUAACAAUAUCGAUGUCUGUGGAUUUCAGUUUCUGUCGACCGAGUCAGAGUAUGAACCACCGGAGGAGCUUGACGCCUUCUUGAAGGCAGGACAGCCGCCAAUAUACAUUGGAUUUGGAUCAAUUGUAGUUGAUAACCCUAAAAAAUUGACAAAGACGAUAUUCGAGGCUGUUCGCCAAACGGGCCAUCGCGCGCUUAUUUCAAAAGGGUGGGGUAAUAUCGGCUCUGGAGAAACGGACAUUCCUGACAAUAUAUUUCUGUUGGGACCAUGUCCCCAUGAUUGGCUCUUCCGACAAGUCUCGUGCGUUGUGCACCAUGGUGGUGCUGGAACUACUGCUGCUGGUCUCCUUCUAGGCCGCCCAACGGUCAUUGUUCCCUUUUUUGGCGACCAACCGUUUUGGGGUUCCAUUGUUGCUCGAGCAGGCGCUGGCCCGCGACCGAUCCCGUUCAAAGAACUGACAGCUGAAAAAUUGGCUUCGGCGAUUCAAGAAGCCUUGGGAGAACAGGCUCGGGAAAAUGCCAGGCAGAUCGGAGAGAACAUGCGCACGGAACAGGGAGUACAGAAAGCUGUGCACAGCUUUCACCAGCAUCUAAAUGUUGAGAAAUUAAGAUGCAGCAUUUGCCCCGAUCGACCGGCAGUGUGGUGGCUCCGAUAUUCGCACAUCAAGCUAAGCGCCUUUGCAGUUUCGAUACUAUUGCACACAGGCCAUCUCAAUCCACAAGAGAUAAUAUUAUAUCGCGUCCGAGAAUAUGACACGAACCGCGACCCCAGAGGUCCUCUUUCAGCAAGCGCAGAAGUUUUGUACGGCUUUAUGACAGAUCUCAUUACUGGUAUUGCUCGUGCUCCAAGUCAGUUAGUAAGCAUCUUCCCCGGAUCUCACUCUGGAACAGUGCAACAAGAUUUCCGAGGGAGAGAAUGGGCUAUGUCACAUUUUGCGGAAACUUUGUCAAAUCAAGAACGCAGGAAGGACUCUCAGACCGCCACAGACACCAGCGCUCCUAGUGGAGAACUGUGUAGUCCUGGUCCUGAUGAAUACGUUCGAGAACAUCCUGAAAUAAUUCAAAGCUCCAAUGCUGUAACCAAUGAAACAGUGGCAAAUUUGAGUGAAUCCCAUGCCGUGGACGGCGCAGGGUUUACUCGCAGACAAACUGCCAUGAAAAAGGGAAAAGAGAAAAGCUACGGUAAAAAGCGCCGUCGUGCAAGGCGAGUUUUGUCUGAAACACGUUAUCAAGCUGGGAAAUCGGCAAAACAUGCACUGAAUUUUGUGCUUGUGCUUCCAACCGACUUUACCCUCAGCUUGUCAAAGGGAUUUCACAAUGCACCAAAACUAUACCAUGACGAUACAGUUAAACCUAUGCCUAAAGUUAUCGGGAUCAAGAGUGGAUUCAGAGCAGCCGGCAAGGAGUUCUACCAAGGGCUCUAUCAUGGUGUGUCUGGACUUGUCACACUGCCCUCCCGGGGGCUUCGGCAAUCGGGAGGUAAAGGGAUGGUCACGGGUAUCGGAAAAGGGGUGGGAGGCGUCUUUCUCAAGCCGACUGCAGGCCUGUUUGGAUUAGCUGGAUUGCCACUAGAUGGCUUGCACAAAUGGGUCCGCGGGUCUCUCUCUAAAAUCAAAUCCAAAGAAAUCAUUCGACUACGUAUCACACAAGGCAUUGAAGAGAUGUGUACAGCGUCGCAAGAAGACCAAAAUAUGGUGAUUCGCAAGUGGCAUGAACUGCAGCAGAACGGUCUAACGCAGGAAGGACAUUGA